GGCUCAGAGUUCAUAUAAGGAAAGAUGGCAGCGUCCAGAGGAGGUGUUGUGCUAAAGGCGGUGAAGAAAAUAGUCGUACAGUUUUGUCCGUUUGAAUCCAAUGUUCGCUCAACACGAGAUUUUCUGGCUUUGGUGGGAUCUGAAAAAGCCAAGUCUACUAAUAUGAACUGUGAAGUGACAACAGAAGUGAAACACGACCGGUCAGAACCAGUGGUUGACAUCACAUUCAUGGACGGGGAAAGGUUAGUGAUGAAAGGAGCCAGACUGACGAGCCAAGAGAUGCUUUCUGCCCUACAGACACGCUGCAUUGCUAAAGAUCCACAGUCUAAAGUAGCUGGGAAGAAGUAGUUGUGUUUUUGAAUGUAUUUAUUUAUUAUUUUUGCAGUACAUUAAACUGAUAUAUUUAA